UGCAGAAGAAAGAGGAAGAUGGUGAAAGUGAAAGAAGCUCCAUUUUGUGUCGAGGGGAAAAUAAAACAUUUCAGGAGUAAAAACACAGGUUUGGUUGAACACACGUGUGUCCUGCUGUAAUCUGGAGAAGGAGACAUGACCUCCAACAGGAGUGUGUGUGGAAAACAGGACUUAAAGAAAGGCGAGAGAAUGAUGAAGAGAAAGAGAUCUGACUCACCACAACCCAGCUGUGUGUCCAUGAAGAGUGACUGGUCAAUGGGAGUGCCAGUGCACUUCAGAAACAGAGACGGGUGUGGUGAUGUGAGACCACAAAAGAAGAAAUCAAACAUCAGCAGCAAUCAGCUGGAGUCCAUAUUCAAGGAGCUGGAACACAAAGUCAUCAGUGUGAUAAAGACGGAGCUGAAGAGGUUUAAGGAGCUCCUGAGUCCAGAUUCCCCAGCAUGCUCUGAGAGGGAGGUGGAGGAUGAGGAGGUCAGAGAGGGAGUGCUGAAGCUCACACUCCACUUCCUGAAGAACAUGAACCACACAGAUCUCGCUCACACACUGAAGAACAAACAUGUCUCUGUGUAUCAGCCAAAGCUGAAAUCCAACCUGGGAGAGAAGUUUAAAAGAAUUAAUGAAGGAAUCUCACAGCAUGGAAGCUCAGCUCUUCUGAAUGAGAUCUACACAGAGCUCUACAUCACAGAGGGUUGGAGUGGAGACAUCAGUAAAGAACAUGAGGUGAGACAGAUUGAGACAGCAUCCAGGAGACCAGCAAUGCAGGAGACACCCAUCAAAUUUAAUGAGCUCUUUAAAGACACGUCCAUCAGAAGUGUGCUGACUAAAGGAGUUGCUGGAAUUGGAAAAACAGUCUCUGUGCAGAAGCUUAUUCUGGACUGGACUAAAGGAGAAGCAAAUCAGGACAUCACCUUCAUGUUCCCACUUCCCUUUAGGGAGCUGAAUCUGAUGAAGGAGAGAAAGCUCAGUCUGAUGAAGCUUCUUCAUCACUUUUUCCCAGAAAUGAAAGAAUUACGAUUAAUAGACUGUGAUAUUAACAAAGUCCUGUUGAUCUUUGAUGGUCUGGAUGAGUGUCGACUUCCUCUAAAUUUCCAGAACAAUGAGAAAUUGUGUGAUGUGAUGGAGUCGGCCUCAGUGGAUGUGCUGCUGACAAACCUCAUCAAGGGGAAUCUGCUUCCCUCUGCUCUCCUCUGGAUAACCACUCGACCAGGAGCAGCCGAUCAGAUCCCUCCUGAGUGUGUAGGCCAGGUAACAGAGGUGCGAGGGUUCAGUGAUCCUCAGAAAGAGGAGUACUUCAGGAAGAGGAUCAGUGAUCAGAGCCUGGCCAAUAAAAUCAUCACACACAUGAAGUCUUCAAGAAGUCUCUACAUCAUGUGCCACAUCCCAGUCUUCUGCUGGAUCUCAGCCACUGUUCUCGAGAGAAUGUUGGGUGAAGCAGAGAGUGGAGAGAUCCCCAAGACUCUGACUCAAAUGUUCACACACUUCCUGAUCCUUCAGAUCAAACACAAGGAGCAAAAAUACCAUCAGAAAUGUGAGCCUGAUCCUCAGCAGACCAGAGAGAGUAUCUUGGCACUGGGAAAACUGGCUUUCCAACAGCUGGAGAAAGGAAACCUGAUCUUCUAUGAGGAAGACCUGAUAGAGUGUGGCAUUGAUGUGAGAGAAGUGUCAGUGUACUCAGGAGUGUGCACCCAAAUCUUCAGAGAGGAGCUUGGGCUUCACCUGGUGAAGGUCUUCAGCUUUGUACAUCUGAGUGUUCAGGAGUUUCUGGCUGCUUUAUAUGCAUUUCUCUCCUUCAUCAGCAGAAAUGUAGCAGAACAACAAACCACUGAUUUGUCUGAUCUUUUCAGAAAGUCAAACAUGUCUGAUUUCCUCAGGAGUGCAGUGGACAAGGCCUUACAGAGUGAGAAUGGACACCUGGACCUGUUCCUCCGUUUCCUUCUGGGUCUUUCACUGGAGUCCAAUCAGACUCUCUUACAAGGAUUAAUGCCCCAGACAGGAAGUAUCUCUCACGGCAAACAGGAAACAGUCGAGUACAUCAAGGAGAAGAUCAGGGAGAAUCCAUCUCCAGAGAAAUCCAUCAAUCUGUUCCACUGUCUGAAUGAACUGAAUGAUCAUUCUCUCAUGCAGGAAGUACAACGUUACCUGAACAGUAGAGAUUACAGGUGUCUCAGAGGAACCAGUCUCUCUCCUGCUCAGUGGUCAGCUCUGGUGUUCGUGAUACUGAACUCAGAACAGGAUCUGGAUGAGUUUGAUUUGAGGAAAUAUGACCGAUCAGAGGAAUGUCUUCUGAAGCUGCUGCCAGUGGUCAAAGCCUCCAGAAAACCUGUUUUGUGUGCGUGUAAACUGACAGAGGAAAGCUGUAGAGCUCUGUCCUCAGUUCUCAGCUCAAACUCCUCCAGACUGAGAGAACUGAACCUGAGUAACAAUAACCUGCAGGAUUCAGGAGUGAAGCUGCUCUCUGCUGGACUGGAGAAUCCACACUGUACACUGGAGAUACUGAGUCUGUGCGAGUGUAAUCUGACCGAGGAAAGCUGUAGAGCUCUGUCCUCAGUUCUCAGCUCAAACUCCUCCAGACUGAGAGAACUGAACCUGAGUCUCAAUAACCUGCAGGAUUCAGGAGUGAAGCUGCUCUCUGCUGGACUGGAGAAUCCACACUGUACACUGGAGAUACUGAGGAUGUGUAACUGCAGUAUUACGGAUGAAGGUUGUGCUGCUCUCGCUUCAGCUCUGAGGUCAAAUCCCUCAUCACACCUGAGAGAACUGGAUCUGAGUGGGAAUAAUCCAGGAGAAUCAGGAGUGAAGCUGCUCUCUGAUCUACUGAAGGAUCCACACUGUAAACUGGAGACACUACAAAUUAAAGGUUCUUCCCUCACCAGGAUGGGCGUAUGACAGGAGUCUCACCUCAAACCUCUUUCAGUUUUGGUGAAGCGUUCGAACCCAUCCCACAUUUCCAGCACUUUGAGAAACUUUCUAUUUCCAAAAAGGGAAGGGAUUUCCAAAUUUGACAUGACUCCAAUGAACCACCUUGAAGGAAUAUUCCAAAAUGUAACACUUGUCAAAUGCACAAAAUGCCUCACUUCCUGUUGGGCGUGGCUAAUGCAGUGCACAUUGCAAAUCUACUUGCGUUGGGUACAGCUUGGUUCCAUGUAAAAUCAGUAAGACCAAUAGCACCCUCUGCUGGAGAACUCCUGCCCUGCAGUCCUUGGGCCCUAAUAACACACCCCAUAAUCAGGAUUAUCUCAUUCUCAUCUCAUUAUCUCUAGCCGCUUUAUCCUUCUACAGGGUUGCAGGCGAGCUGGAUCCUAUCCCAGCUGACUACAGGCGAAAGGCGGGGUACACCCUGGACAAGUCGCCAGGUCAUCACAGGGCUGACACAUAGACACAGACAACCAUUCACAUUCACACCUACGGUCAAUUUAGAGUCACCAGUUAACCUAACCUGCAUGUCUUUGGACUGUGGGGGAAACCGGAGCACCCGGAGGAAACCCACGUGGACACGGGGAGAACAUUCAAACUCCACACAGAAAGGCCCUCGCCGGCCAUGGGGCUCGAACCCAGACCUUCUUGCUGUGAGGCGACAGCGCUAACCACUACACCACCGUGCCGCCCCGUACUGCAUAUUUAAAGAAAAUAAUUAUCGACUAUUACGACUGGAUACAUACUAACAUUAUAAGUGACAAUUACUACGUUAUACGGUUGUGUGCAAUUCUGGUGGUGGUUUUAUAAAAUGUGGCUUUUUGUUUGGCAAAGAAGAAAAUGUUUAAGUACACCAUGUAUAGCGUUUUGCAUUAACCACUCACUGAUUGCAUUUAAAUAAGUCUUAUUAUUUUGAUGAUUAAUGUAAAGAAAUGGAAAUGGUUUUAAUGUAUCAAGUCAUUUAUUUGAUUAACUUAAAUGAUAAAAAACAGCAACAUGUCUGA